AUGAGGUGGGCAGCUAUUGCCAAGGAGAUGGAUAAUCGAACAGACAACGACAUCAAGAACCAUUGGAACUCUUGUCUCAAGAAAAGACUGUCGAGGAAAGGAAUUGACCCGAUGACCCACGAGCCUAUCAUCAAUAACCUCACCGUCACGAUCACUAACGAAGAAUGUGGUAGCUCUUCAAUAACUACAUUUUCUCCUACCUCAUCACCUUCCGGCUCGGCUUGUCUCCUGAACAAGCUCGCCACAGGUAUCUCAUCUAGACAUCAUGAUCUCGACAGGAUUAAGAGCAUCUUGCUGGAGCCAAGAAUCGCAAGCAGUGACCAAGAUGAAAAAGAAGAGGUAAAAAGGGAUCACACGAUUGGUGGUGGUGAAGAAGGUGAUGAUUUUCUGAUAUGGGACGAUGAAGAAGUUAGGCGUUUUAUGGAGAGUGACGAAAUGGAGUACGGGACGACGCCGUACGUCUCUCUCUUUUACGAAAGUACUCACGUACUUGAUGACCUCCUCUGACUCCGUUCGGUUGUUAAAAAAUGCAAGUAGCAUUACAAAAUACAAGAUGAAUUUUAGAAAAAUAAGUCGAGUCCAACGAAGACUGUUUCGUUUAGUACUAUUUAACAUGAGAUUUUCCAUGUUUCUGUUAAUGUGACAAGUCACAAGUCACACAACCAACCUAUUCCCAUUAUGUGCUGGAAAAACAUCUCGAAACAUAUAAUCUACAUAAAUAUGUCCU